AGCUUCUGCAGAACACACUGCGCUCCGGCCGGCGGAAAAGUUGCAGAAGUUGCGCCGGUGUUGUUGGCGAGCCGUCAACAACAGUCCCCUCCCAGCAUGCUGGACUGAAGUCCCGAGGAAUGGCAUCGGCCGUGUUUGAAGGCACGUCUCUGGUCAACAUGUUCGUGCGGGACUGCUGGGUGAACGGGAUCCGCAGGCUCAUCAUCAGCCAGCGCGGCGAGGAAGAGGAGUUCUUCGAGAUCCGCACCGAGUGGUCCGACAGGAAUAUCUUGUACUUGCACCGGAGUUACUCGGACCUGGGGCGGCUGUUUAAGAGGCUGCUGGAGUCGUUCCCCGAGGACAGGCGAGAUCUCUCUAAAUCCCCCCUGAUAGAAGGGUUGGUGAAAAUCAAAGAGGCACAUGACAUCGAGGAGAAGCUGAAUGAGGUGGAGAGAUUACUGAAGAACGCCAUCAACAUGCCCUGCAAGUAUUCCAGGUCAGAGGUGAUGCUGACCUUCUUCGAGCGCUCGCCGCUGGACCAGGUGUUGAGAAAUGACAAGGUCCACAGAAUCCAGCCCUGCUUUGACAGUCCAAUCAAGAUAUCAGAAAUCAUGCGGUCGAACGGCUUUUGUCUGGCCAACACAGAGACCAUAGUGUUUGAUCACAGCAUACCAGAGGAAAAGGAGAGACCUUCAUCCACGGACUCCGUGGAGCACACGUAUGAAGAUGGAACAGAGUUUCUGCCGAUGGACACAGAUGUGUGUGAUGAGGAAACGGAGGCGUAUGUCACCAACCUGUCCUACUACCAUCUGGUCCCGUUCGAGACGGACAUCCUGGAAUGAAGGCCUCUUUUACAUGACAGAACUAUGCAGCGCUUCGCAUGCCUGAUCUGUUUGAAUGCUGCUUCCUAACGCAGCUUCUGCGGUUGCUGAACGUUGUCGCCGUACGCAGCACAACUUCACAAGAACACACCAAUUCGUCUACUAUCUCACCGGCGUGCCUCAUCCAGAACCUUCCUCUUUUUCUUUUUAACCAUUUGAUUAAAAAGCAACAGCCAACAAGGUCUCGUGAAACAUAUCAAAACUUUUAAAGAUGCUACUUGGAUGACGACUGAGAGCGGUGGGAAGAAGACUGCUUUUGGAAGCAAAUCUUAUUUAUUGGAUCACCCAUCAUGUAUUGUGUAUAAGUGACCAGCAGUUUUUAUUUGAACAGUUUAUUUAUGUCCUUCAUGUUCUUCUCAACUGCUCCUGUGAUGCAUUUUCAGUCUCUUUGUCGUCGUCGAGCCGCCGCGUUACGGCCAGUGUUACGCCUCUGCUGUGGGAAAACAGAAAAGUGUCCUGAAGCUUUGUGUGCGUUCAGUGUUUAUGGUGCACUCUCCACCAGCAUUCGCUCUCCGAUCGCGUACCCGCUGAAAUCUCUGAUGUUCCUGCUGGGCCGCGCAGUACCUUCGUCUGGCAUGACCGGACUCUCAGGAGCCGAGAGAAAAAAACCGGACGGCUCUUGCUGUGAUGACAGACGAUAGAGGGUUUAGCCGCCGCUGAGAAAUUCCCAUCUGAAACGAAUCGUCAGUAUGAGCUGAUUGUGCACUGAGCAAGACUGAUGAAGGUUUUAUGCUUGCAGACUCUUGUUUGCAAGCGUGAACAGGAGACUGAUUUUGCACGGUGCUUCUGUUUCAUUUGGUUCUUGGACUGCUUUCAAGAUUAAGAAUAUAAAAGAAAAACAAAGAGGAAAAUCUUCGUGGUUUCCAAAAUGAGAAAACUCAACGCUGCCUUAAACUUUAUUUUAUUUUUUUGUCCUGAUGAUGAUGAUGAUAAUACAGACUGUAAUUGUGUUAAAUGUAGCUUGUAAAGUUUCUCUGUUUGUAAUCAUUUUCAAAACAAAUUUAUUUUAUUUAGGGGACAGAGAUUAUUUGGGAUGUUAUCUGGAAAACUAAAUGGUCUCACUUCUGCAGUUGCCAUCUGAUCAGUGAUGACGCGGAGCAAAGAAAGCUUUGAUUCAUCGCUCUGCUGAUGUCAUUUCUGUCCCGUAAGCUGACAUGAGUGGGGUUGAGAGUGUGGGAGUCUGCAGCUCGGCCUGUGGCGAAACGGCAAAACAAGUCCUUUCUUUAUCUGACGGAAGGCGAGUAACUUUGCUCGACGAUAUCUGCAGGAUAUAUGUGUGAAAAAGAAAACACUUAGUAAAAAUGCAUGCCUUUGUGAGGACAGCUCUUUCAUCCCAACAGUGGAGCACUUCUAGGUGCUGAAUGCAACUGAAAGGCUUUUAAUAUAUAUUUGCAUAGGAUUAACUGUUGUUGAACCCCUGCAGUCUUGCAACGUAGUACAGCAGUUUGCGUCCAGGUUUCUGCCCCUCUUAACACAAAGGCAUUCAACCCUCACUAACUUGGCACGUGAACCGUCAGCAUGCCCUCAGCAUGAGCCUGUUUAGUACAACAGUCAUGAUCUCUGUUCCCCCCGUGAGAAAGUACCGCUCUUUCACAAGGUACACAUCGAUUUCAUGCUUUUUUUUUGUUUUGGCAAAAAAGUUACUGAUUAAAUCAAUAUUAAAUUUGGAAGCAGCCCUGUUUUACUAACAUGCACCGGCUUCAUGAAAAGAAGCCGGAAAUGUCUUGUUAAGGUGGCUGUGCAAGUGUCAGACUUUGUUCUGCAACAUAUAGUUUAACAUUUUUGGAAGAAUGAAUUAAACUAUGUUUUUAAACCACCAUUCCAACAGUUAUUUAUCCCAUAUAAACUCCUGUUCAUUUUUCUGUCGCUAGUGCUGUGAAGUUUGCUUUCUACUCACUUUAGCUCAUUUAGAGGAAAAAAACAGAUUUAUUUUUUUAAUACACUAAAUGAGCCACCAGUCAUUGAUAAAGAAAUCUAUGACUAUUCGUAGCUCAGGUGAAAAUUCAAAGGGAGAAGGAAGAAUUGCUGAUUUAAUUUGAUCCCCCACUUCCCAAAUUCAAAUAUCUCUAUCAAUGGACACGAUACUGAACCCCACCAUGUGUCCAAUGUGUUUGUUACAUGUAAGGCUGGGGGAAUUUGGUGGCUAAGAGAAUGUAAGGUAAUGAAUGUCCUAAUCUGAUGCUCAGUGGUGGACAGCAAUGGGCCUUCCAGUGUUGCUGUGAAUGUUUGAAUCAGAGAAGGAUUAUCAAGAAGAGGAAGCUAAGUUGUACAAGGUUGAGAUGAAGUCAGAGACUGGGAAGUGUAGUCCCUUCAGAGACGGCCUGACACAACAAUCACACAACUUGAGUGCACUAUGAGGGGCACUGUACUCAAGGCAGUGGGUGCC